AUUUAGUCAAGUAUGAGUGAAGAAGACAUAGAUUUUAGUCAACAUGGUGUGCCCAAGACGGAUGAACCAUUUGAUGAGAGCCUUUUCCCAUAUGUAUGCGAUGCUCACUGUCAUCCACACGAUGAUAUUGCCAAUAUAUCCAUGAUUCGUCAAUUACAGACAGGUCAUAUUACCAUCAUGGGCGUCAGACAAGAUGAUUGGGAUGUGGUGUCCAAAGUAGCAGCAGAAUGUAAUAACGAGCGAGCAAAUGCGUGUAUUCCUUCAUUUGGCAUUCACCCAUGGUUUUGUUAUAGAUUGAUGAUUGAAGAAAAGCCAGCAAAGGAGCAUUACAAGAGUGUUCUCACGUGCCCUCAUGAAGAUGAACUAGAACAAAUGAUACAUGAUUUGAAAGAUCCAUUUCCAUAUGAGAUGUGGUAUCAAAAUUUACGACAAAGGCUACUUGAUCAUCCAAACGCGAUUGUUGGAGAAAUCGGACUUGACAGGGCAGCCAAGUUGCUACCUGGAGGUGCGAUUGAAUGGCACGGAGUCAAGCCAACGAAUGUUCAAUGCUCCAUUGAGCAUCAGUUGAGAAUAUUUGAAAUUCAGAGUAAUUUGGCACGAGAGCUCGAUCGAGGUAUAAGCGCUCAUUGUGUGCAAGGCCAAGGUCACCUAUACAACUAUCUUAAAGAACAGUCUGGACAGUACAGUAACAGAAAGCUAAAAAAGCUCAAUAAGCCCUUCUCUCCUCUUCGCCUCUGUUUACACUCUUAUGGCGGAUCACCAGCGACUAUCCAUCAAUUUAUGCAGCUCAAUGGAUUCAAGAUCUAUAUAUCGUUCUCAGCCGUCAUUAAUGCUAGACUAUUGCCGACAGAAAAGUUUAUUGAAUUGAUCAAGGCAGUACCUGAGGAUAGACUGUUGAUAGAAUCUGAUCUUAAUUCGCCUAAAGGCUUAGACACUUGUAUGAUAGAAAUCAUUAAAAUAAUAGCACAAACGCGUCAGUGGUCUGUGCAAAAAGUGGUGCAAGUGACACAGAAAAACUGGCAAGAGUUUGUUGGAUUGUAUAAAUAAAAAAGCUUUAUGAUAAGGAUGUAUAGACUAUAAAUCAAGUGUGUUUGAAAGUGGGAGAUACAAUAAAGCCUCGCUCUUUCUCCUCUUCUCUCCUUUUUUAAAAUAUGUUU